AUGGGAAUCUGGGAACACACCUCUGCAAAUCACCACGGCAAGGGUGUUGGUCUCCUGAUUACACAUGACUGGUUCAAAUUUCUUAUCUCCUCCUCUCAUGAUGAAAAUGGGAGGGGGGUCAUGGCUCUGUUUGGCUUCAAGCGAGGUCUGCAGCUAGCCGUGAUCAAUUGUUAUGUCCCCACACUUUCCUCCGACACACGCGUCGAGCACAACCGCAUCAUUCUCUGGGUCAAAAACCAGGUCGAGUCCCUUCGAACAAAAGGAGUCAGGGUCAUUCUGCUUGGCGAUUUUAAUGGUGUUGUCAAUCCCUCUAUCGACCGCUCCUCUACCGAUCAUACGUCUACGGUUCCGGAGUUAUCACUCUUCACAUGGCUCACCACACGCAACUUCACGGACUCGUUCCGCCUCCUACAUCCGACGACGCCACUCUUCUGCAACAGCAGCAGAGUCAAGGGGUCAAGGGCAGUGGUCAACCGUCUAGACAUGGUGUGGGUUUCCAAUGACCUCGCUGGAUUCCUGCUCGAGGUCAAGUCCUCUCACCUAGUGGCCCCUAUCCGAUCCGACCAUGCUUUGGUUGCGGCUACUUUCGACGUCCACACCUUGGUCAGCCCAACCCCACAUCACAUCCAGUCAGCCCACUGCGUGAAGAGCAAAAAGAUCCUGGUCGACGCUGCAAGCGAGGAACAGUGGUCUGAUUUUUCAAGCCAAGUGGAAGAGUUUCUUCCCCUCUACGGUCAACUGGAGUCUUAUGGACUCGCGGAAUAUCUCCAAGGUGAUCCAGAAACAACAUACGCAUCGCCUGAGCUCCUCCAGACGCUACACUACCGAAAAUAA